GAAGAGAGGUUGCCUCACCACAGGGUGACUUCCAAGAUCCACCUGGAGGGGCUGCCGCAGGGCUGCGUCAAAAGGGCUGCCAGCUCCCAUUCUUUCCAUUCUUUCCCUCAUUGUUCGAAGGUUCUCAGGAUUGAUUGCAAAGGGACGCCUAUUUAACAUUAGAAGUGACAAAACGCAGCUGAAGUUGAACAACUACCACAUUCCAAGGAUCUCGAACAGCUCAGAACUUCUGGCGCUUCUGCCAUGAUGAUGUUUGAAGAGCCGAUGGCGUACCCGUCUGCGUCGGACGCAUCCCGAUACCACGCUCUGCGGUUGGAGGAGAACAGAGACCAGCAGGGGCGCAAUAUUGCCAGCCCGAGACAGGUCUCUUCUCUCCAGAACUAUGCGGCCGAUCUGAUGGCUGCGGCCGCUGCGAUCCAGGCGCACAGGGACUCUUCCAAGUACCUGGAUGCAGAAGUAGAGAGGGCCAUGUCUGCUUUUGGUCCGAGGAAGGACACUGACGAUGAGCAGUGGGGGCAUGAGAAGGGCGAGGGCGGUCUCGACAUCUACUCAUGUGAUCAGUUUCGGAUGUACGAGUUUAAGGUGCGGCGCUGCAUGAGGGGACGCAGCCAUGACUGGACCGAGUGUCCCUUUGCGCACCCUGGGGAGAAGGCAAGAAGAAGGGACCCCCGGAAGUAUCAUUACAGUGGAACCGCCUGCCCAGACUUCCGGAAAGGGACCUGCAGAAGGGGAGAUGCCUGCGAAUUUGCUCACGGCGUCUUUGAGUGUUGGCUCCACCCCGCCCGCUACCACACCCAGCCCUGCAAAGACGGCCUCAAGUGCCGCCGCAGGGUCUGCUUCUUUGCGCACACCCCCGAGCAAUUGCGCCUCCUCCCCGCCGCCGCCGCCGCCGCAAACCACGCCGACAAACCCCACCAAAAGCAGGGCUCUCCCACCAAGCGCCAAAUGACCCCUGACAAUGCGUACUCGCCAAUCCAGCCGGGGUCCCCCGCUUCCGCACAGCCGUACUACAACUCGAAUCCUUCUCUGGGGGGGGGUCAGCAGGUCCCUCCCAUGUCCCCCCUGGGACACACGGCACCGUUCAGCCCGCGCCAAUCAUACAGAGCCUCAAACUACCCCAACAAUCAGAUGCCCCCCCGCAGCCAGGCCCCGACGGGAACCCCCCGUUUGGAACGUCCCUCAUCCCUCCCCCCCCGUUUGCAACUGCCCAGCAUCGAGGAGCAGAUUCAGCAGGCUCAGCUGGCGGCUGCUCUGGUCGCAGCAUCCCAGAGUCCCGCCUCGUCUCCCAUCCCCAUUUCAGGGGGGUCCGGCAGGCACUACGACGAGUCGCAGCAGCGGAUGGCUGAGAUUCUGGCCGCGCAUUUGUGCCAGCUGGAGAUCCGGGGGGCGUCGACCCCCGGCGCGAAUUGGCCCCAGUACCCCCCCCCCUCGCCGCAGAGCCAGCGCUCGUCCAUGGACCUCCCCCCCUCGCAGCGCUCUUCGUUCGACAUGGGCGGCUUUUCGCAGCGCUCGUCAUUCGACUUGGGUUACUCGGAUAACCGCGGGGGCUCGAUUGAUCUGAGGUCCUCGCACCGGGAGUCGAUGGACUACGGCUCGCGCCGCUCCUCGUUCGACUAUGCAAACUUCCAAAUGAACUCGCCAGCUGUCAGGAGGACGAUCAGCGUGCCGGCCUCCCCCGCAACCCGCCAGAGCAAUCCUUGGGAAGCAGCAAACGAGGCGGAGUUUCAGCUCCCCCAGAGAGUGGAGUCGGGGAAGGAUUUGAGGGCCGCGAUUUACGGCAGGCUGGGGGCCAACGGGCAGGGCAGAUCGGAGGGGGGGAACAGCCGGAUUUGCAGUGGGUGAACGACUUGGUGCAGGAAGGGGGGGAUGGGCCGUGGAGGAGAUGAAUGCAGUGAAGGGCAGAUUCACAGACGCAUUGCCAAAUGGCAGAUUGAUCCAAGCCAGCAAAGAAUAAACGGAGGCAGCAGGGAGGAGACAAAGGGACCUCUUUUUGCCGUGAACAAAUCUGUCGGCGAGGUUCUGAUAGGUGUCGGGUUUUUGUAGGUAGCCCAAGGUGGUUUUGGGUGGCACAUUGUCUAAGGGUUUUGCCACGUGGCGCUUCUUGUUUUUGGAGACAGAGGUAUAGGGUUCUCAAAAGCGGGAAGGGCAGGUAGAGGCGCGCCAGGAGUCCCCAUGGUUUGUAUAGGAAUACUUGAUCUGCCAAGACACCGGGGGGGCCGAGGGCGGCUUCUCUCAUUCUUUGAGUAUCGCAUUCAUCUCGCUGAAACGUCUAGGCCAGCAAAGACAAAAAGGAUAAUAGGUGCUACAGAGCUUUGUAGACUCGUUUGGGCAUAUUGAGGACUAACAAGAGGGUCGCAAAUCGAUUCUUGGAACUGAACAGGCAUUGCCAAAUACCGCGCAUUGGAGUGGAUGCAGGUUGUGACAGGCUAGGCUAGGUACUCUUUGUAUAAUAAGCACGGUGCUAGCAUAACUAGCCCUCGUCGAUUGAACAACAACCUGCUGCUGGCCCCCUUGAAAGACAUGUGUGUGGCCAAGGCAAUUCAGCUGUGUAAUUACCAUAGCAACAAGUGUCUCUCUAGGGUUGGAUUCGUGAAACUAAAGUUCAUAAGCACUUUUCGGAGUGAGUACAGUCUA